AUGAAAAUUAAAGUGAUAAGUGUUAACAAAAUGGCGAUGGUCAUAUCACAAACGACUAAAGUUGCGAUUGGCGGAAUUUUAGCGUUGAUGAUACUUGUUGCCGUUCUGGUCGCUGGAGCAGCGUUUGGCUGGUUCGAUCAUAAAAGAGAAGAUGAAGAUACACCGGCGAAGAUCAGCGCCAGACUUCAAGGGAGAACUUCUUUUGUCACACAUCGUGCUGUAAAUCCGGAUGAAAAUAGACUACCAAUUAUAUCGCAUUCAUCACCAUAUGUUCACAAAGGAGGAAAAGAUGAAAUCGGUUUUGGAGAAAUUAGUCCAUCCGGGAAGGAACGGACAGACGACCGAGUAUCAUUGUCAUCUCAAUGUCAGUGCAGCGUGAACGAUAUAUCUCGGAUCCUGGAAACAAUUCCUGCAUUAGUGGGGCCCCCUGGACCACAGGGGCCUACUGGUGCUGAUGGGACCACUGGUGUACCUGGGAAAACCGGUCAAAUGGGAGAUCCAGGGCCUAUAGGUCCUUCAGGUCCCAAAGGAGAUCGGGGAGAGAAAGGUGAUACUGGAGCACCAGGAGUUGAGGGGCAAAUUGGUCCCAAAGGAGAACCAGGCAACGAUGGCACACCCGGUUUUCAAGGACCGCCUGGACCCCCAGGGCCCCCUGGAGCUGUUGCUUCAGCACUUAUGGAAACAACGGGCCUAUAUGCGAGCGAUCGUGGAAUUCAGGGGCCCCCGGGUGAAAGGGGGCCAAUGGGACUUGCAGGGCCUCAAGGCGAAAGAGGCUAUCCUGGGAAUAAAGGUGAAAGGGGAUUACAUGGUACUAAAGGCGAUAAAGGCGAACGGGGGUACGUCGGCUUGCGUGGAUCACAUGGUGCGAAAGGGGAACGCGGGCCACCCGGGAAGGAUGGAACACCUGGCUUACCCGGAGCGCACGGGCGUCCCGCUGAAAAGGGUGAAAAAGGUGCUAGAGGACUACCAGGACCUCCAGGAACCACAGUUCUUGGAAUUUCUGAAAAUUCAAUAACUGACCUUUCUCAAUUAGGUAAUUUGAAAGGCGACAGAGGCGACAAGGGUGAAAAGGGAGAAAAGGGCAGCAGAGGAAUGGAAGGCCCACAAGGUUUUCCUGGCACAGACGGUAAACCUGGCGUCCGAGGGGACAUCGGACCGUCUGGUUUACCAGGAGCUCAAGGAAAUACUGGUCUGCCUGGAACAAAAGGGGACAAAGGAGACGCGGGUCCACCGGGACCGGUGGCUAUAUCACGCGAAGAAGCAACUAUUAUGACAAAGGGUGAUAAGGGUGAAACUGGUCCUAGAGGCAAAAGAGGUCAUCCGGGAGCUCCUGGGCCUAGAGGGCCUCCGGGGCUUCCCGGCCCUCCUGGCUCACCUGGAACAAAUGGACAUUCUGGGGACAUAGGGUUACCAGGAUGGACGGGUCCGCCGGGCGCGCCAGGUCAGCCCGGCCCACCGGGACCAAAAGGUGAAAAGGGAGACUCUGGAAUCACGGCAGCGGACCUCGAAAAGGUAAAAGGUGAGAAAGGCGAACGUGGGUAUGAUGGGGCCCAAGGUUCUCCAGGGAAAGAAGGACCGAGAGGCCCACCUGGGCCACCGGGGGCGCCAGCUACUAGCAUGCAAUAUCUUCCUGUACCUGGCCCCCCAGGGCCUCCUGGGCCUCCCGGGCCCCCUGGUGCUUUUACCAACGAACCGAGUGACACGUUGACUGAUAGUCCGGGGAUUAAUAGAAACGAACCGUCUUUAGGGAAACCGAGGGAUUCGUUACAAAUUCUAAGAAACUUGAACAAUUUGAUGCAGCUCAGGCAAGAACAAUUUGGUUUUCGAGAUCCACUUGAUCCGCUAGCGGAAAAUUUUGACUUUGAUGACGAAGAUGACGGGAGAACGAUUGUUGGCACCAUACUGUUUAAAUCUACGGAGUCUUUGCUACGGUUGGGAACGAACAGUCCAAGAGGAACAUUGGCUUAUGUGUUACGAGAGCAAGCCCUUCUCUUACGAGUCAACAAGGGAUGGCAGUACGUCGCCAUGGGAUCUCUUCUGGAAGUUCAGAGUCCGCUGGGAAAAGGUCCGACUCUAACUCCAUUACAGAGCAUUUUGGAAACUUCAAGUUUGGUUCACAACAAGAACUCCGGCGGUGGAGGUCCUGUGUUGCGUUUAGUGGCACUAAACGAACCUCACACAGGUGACUUGCAUGGCGUGAGUAGCACUAACUACGACUGUCAUAGGCAGGCUGAAAGAGCUGGCUUCGAAGGAAACUUCCAUGCAUUUAUUGCCUCAAGAGUUCAAAACAUCGACGCUAUAGUCAGCUGGGUAGAUAGAGAAACGCCAGUGAUGAAUAUAAGAGGUGACAUGCUGUUCAACUCGUGGGGAGAGAUGUUUGACGGAUCAGGUGCACUGUUCACGCAUGCGCCUAAGAUUUACAGCUUCAAUGGCAAAAAUGUGAUGACAGAUUCUGAUUGGCCUACAAAAGCAGUAUGGCACGGUGCCACUCCUACGGGCGAGCCGGCCAUGGAUGCGUUCUGUGACGCGUGGCACACAAGCAAUCCUAGCAAGUUCGGACUUGCCUCCUCACUGCGGUCUAACAAGUUACUUGACCAAGAAACAUAUCCGUGCAGUACGAGAUUAAUCGUGCUGUGUAUUGAAGCUACACCGGUGAAUACAGUUAGAAGAAAAAAACGUUCAAAAUAUCACAUAUCCGAUAAAACGCAUCACAUGAAAGACAUCGAAGAACGAAAUGAAACAUAUAAUUCUUUAUAGAUAAUACGUUCGAUUAUAAUGUAAGAAAACUGUGAAGACUGUAAAUAAAUGAUUAGAUAAUGGAUUUGUUUCUAAAAGGAUUCUCGUGGAACAUAAGGACAAUAUAAAAAGUAAUUAUUUGUUA